GUCCCGUAGGAGGCGGAGACACUCGGAGUCUGUGAGCCUGUUGAGCUCGUUUCUGUUCAACUUUCACUUUCAGCUUCGUCUAACCGCUUCUCACCGGGAGAAAACUCGUUUUUUUAAGCUACCAUACUUAGUCUAUAAUGUUUAUAGGGUUUGUUUAACGUUACUCGACAUGUUUGACUUGGCGCCGAACAGAAGCAGCGACAUGUCGCCGUCUUUGCCAUCCAUCAUAUUGGCCGGUUGCUUGUGUGUUUUAUUGGCUGUCGCGUCCGCAGACUCGGUGAUUCUACUCUACAAAAAGGUGGGCGAUGAUGUUGUCAUCAAACCGGGUCCCUUCUCUGGUGCCAUCGACACCAUAGUGUGGAGACAUGGUAAUAACAUUGCAGUCCAGUGGGUUGGAAAGGAGUUGGAUCCUUUUGUACGCUGUGAACUCAACAUUACAAGUGGAGAGAUGACAAUCACAGGACUGACUCCAAAUUACACUGGAUUGUACAAACCGGAAAUCAACGCCAUGGACUUGAAUCCAACUCAUCUAAUCGUCAUCUCUUCCGUUCCUAAACCCACUGUUGGGAAAUCCUGUGAUGCUGCGAGGACCAGCUGUAAUUUGACCUGUGAGGGAGACACCACAGGCGCUGAACCGUUCACCUACAGGUGGAAGUCAGGCAGCGAUGUGACAGGUUCAUCUAAGGAGCAGCGCAUUACAAAGGACAACAGUUCCAGAACAGACAAGUUCAGCUGUGAGCUGGAGAAUCCAGUCAGUCAGAUGAGCAGCGACCCUAUCUCCAACCCGUUCUUCGAAAGCGAUCAACCCGAAAGAGAACCGAACAUCCCCAAAGGGCUCGUAGUCUUUGUGGUUCUGUUGUUUGUCGUGCUGCUGGUGGUUGGCAUUCACAGAUGUAAAGCAGGAAUGUGGUUCUUCCAAAAAGCAUCCAUGCCAUGGCAAGCAGACUUCUGGCAGAAUCCCGGUAGAACAUCAGGAGAUCCCGUAUCUAAUGGCAGCAUUGCCCAAGAGAAGGGACAAAAAGACGAGGAGACACCAAUGACGUAGGCGGCCAGACGUCAGUCAGGACACGUCAGGUGUAAAACGAGACGACCCACAGUGAAGUGCACAUGGGAUCGGUCUAUUCUCUGUUACCAACACUAGUGUUGUCAGUUCCAAUGCCUCAAACCUAGAACUAAUAAUACAGCAAAGAAAAGAGUGAACGUAUCUUGAGGCUAAUUUUCAAAAAAUAUAUUUUAGACACAAAAUGACCAAAAGUGGAUUGUUAAAGACACUUUUUUUUUUUUUUUUAAGGCUGGCGUUCUGCUGCUCGUUUUAAACAAAAUACGUGAGUUUAGCCCAGUAGCUAUUACCUGCUGGGAUCUACAUUAAGUCUUGUGUAUUAUAAGACACUAAGAAGGACAAUAUUUAAGUUAUUAAUCAUGAUAUGAAAACGACUACAGUUGCAGUGCAGAACUUAACAGCCCAGAAUGUAAU